GCAGCAGUUCAGUGUAUCCAUGUGCUUGUGGGUCUGACACAUGCACCGAGCAAUGGUGCAACGCAGCCGCAGCCUCUCAUCGAUGCUUGGCGCCGGCAGCGUCUGCCCUGCGUGCCGCCAUUGACGGGAACGGCAGCAAUGCCGUUCCGCUCAUCCGCGAUGCCCUGAACGACGCCGAGGUGGGUUUAAGAAGGGUGGUUGUCGAGGUGAUUUUGCCACAUGCAGUUGGCAAGAUCGGCGGCUCGGCAGCGCCACUCGUCGUCAAAGCAUUCGAUGAUGCAGACACGUCAGUGCGGAAGGUGCUGGUGGAGAAAGUAUUGCCAGAGGCAAUUGUCAAGUUUGGCCUCGAUAUGUUCCCGAUUCUCAGCAAAGCCCUCAAUGACACCGACACCGGCGGCGGCUCUCUUGUUGCCUUCGGCCCAUCGAGCCACCUACGCCUGGGCCGUUGGCCCAGGCGUUUUUGA